UAAAACGCCGGAUGCAGCUACGUGAUCGAUAUCAUCUUCUAGUAUCGAGUUGUUAAAUCGUUUAAUCGUGUUGUUAGAAAUAAAAAAAAAUUUAUUUUGUAUCAUUUACAAGAUUAUUUUCUUGCAACUAACUGAGAGAGUGAACUCGCGAUCAUCUGCCAUGGCGGGUUUUAUUUCUUGGCUGAUUAUGAUGGUGUUCGCUACUAUUUUUUUCGUUCAAAUCCAUGGAAGUACAGCUACGAUCGCGGAACCUAAAGCACCUAAUUUUCAAUAUUUCGAACGGCCAAGAUAUCGCUAUCCUUAUUACGACGAAAAUGGCAAGGGAAAGUUACUGUACGGUUACGGUGGACCAGAGUUGUAUCAAUAUAAAACUUAUAGUCCUCUUGAAGGAAUUCAUUAGCAUAAAUUUCUCUUUUUUUUAAAGAAAUCGAUUUAUAUAAU